CGCCUUGCGAAGGUGAAGGAGGUGGUUGAUUUUUCUGAUAAGUUCGGCAUGAAAUAUUUCAUGUGCGCGAGCUAUGAUCGUGAUCCACCCAGGCAAACAAGUUCAUCGUCCUCGAGGCCUGCGUCUCCCCCGCCCCAGGUUCCAUGAGGAGGAGCGUUUCGAAAAGGCUAUUGCUAAUGAUAAAGCAGAAAGAGAGAGACAGAUACAAAAAUUAAGGGCAGAGCAAGCUCGAAAUCGCGAGGUAAAUCAGAAGCGGGUGGAUGAUGAGGCUGCACGUAGGUAUGCAGAGGAAGAGUUGCGCAGGGAGGCCCGUGAAGCGGAAAGAAAGAGAUUAAGAGAAAGAGCUGCUGAGGCGCAGGCAGCAGAAGAACGCGGCGACAAGACUGGAAAAUGGCCACGCUGGACGCAGGGCAAAUAGAGUGAUCUGUUAUAGUAACUACGUAUUUUAAAUUAUGUUUUACUUUCGCGUUGUAUCUUAAAUUUCGUUGUAGUGAUUAGCCGUAUUUUAAUUUAAGUUAUAUUUCCAACUUUAUUUCCGCAGAUGUAUUAAUAAUAAAUGUUGAUUUCCCG